AUGGGGUUGCGCGGCUUGCAGGGCGAUGACUUCUUCGCUUUGCUUACCCUGAUCUUUUAUACCAUGGACGCCGCCACUGUGAACAUUAUCUACCAUACAGCUACCAAUGUAGAGGCGACACAACUGGCCAAGACUCGGACCCUCACCGCCGAAGAAAUUGCGCAAUUCGAAUUCGGGUCGAGGGAGGAACUUGCCGCAUGGUACUCUUAUACUGCACUUAUCUGGUGUUUGAAGGGCACCAUGCUUUGUUUCUUUAAACGCAUGACGAUGGGUUCUACGCACAACAAGCUUGUCAACUGGCUCAUGGGCGCCUGUGCGGCAUCAUAUGCAGCCGUGUUUCUGACCGUCACGUUCGGUUGCUUCCCUUACCACCACAACUGGCAAGUUGUGCCAGAUCCUGGAGACAAGUGCACUUUUAAACUGCAGAACUUCUUGGUGACGGUGACCCUCAAUGUCAUAACUGACGCGGCCAUUCUCUGUAUCCCACUGCCGCUGCUAUGGAAACUUCAGAUACCCCUCAAGAAGAAACUCGUCAUCGGCCUCCUCCUCUCAUCCGGCCUCUUCGUCAUCAGCGCCGCAAUAAUCCGCGUCGUGCUCACGCUGUCCGCCAACCCGUCGGCGCUCAACAUCAACCGGUGGGGCGUGCGAGAGACGAUUGUUGGAAUCAUCUCGGUCAACAUCCCGAUCCUGCGGCCGCUGUUCAGCCGCUCGUUCUGGAACUCGUCACCCAUAACGUCGUCAGGGUCGCACAGCAAGGGCGGCAAGGGCGGCACGACGACAGCAGGGGGCCAGGGCCCCUACGAGAUGGCGUCCAGCAUCAACGGCAGCCAGGCCGACGACGGCGGCCGCAAGAGCUUCAAUGGCAGCGAGGAGCAUAUCAUUGGCAAGCCGGGCGAUGGGAAUGUUGUCGUGUCGACGACGUACAAUGUCACGAGCGAGGAGAAUACCUAUAGAAAUAGCGAGAUCUGGGGCUCACGCGGAGGUUCUAAUAGUGCGGUGGCCUAUCGGGGCUUGGAAAUCGUCUGA